AUAUUAUCUCAAAAAAAGUUUACUUACUAAUCUUUUAUUAAAAAAAAUAAAAUUGUAUUAUCUAAGUAAGAGGGAAAAAAGGGUUAAAAAAUUUUUAAAAAAUUAAAAAUUUGCAGAAAACAGAUAUAUGCAAAAGUGCAAAGAUUAUCGUUGGAGGAGAAGGAGGGUGAUGAGUUUUUUUUUUCCAAUUUUAGCAAAUAUCCAAUGUGAAAUCUGACAUCAUUCCAAAUUCUCCUCUGAUUCUGAUUCUGAUUUUGAAUUGUUUCCAUAAUAAAUAUUUUUAUUAAAAAAAACUUUUCCUUGUUGUAUUAUGUUUUAGUUAUCAGAUUUCUGUAAAUGGCAUUGCCAUUGCCGUUUUUCCUUACCCUAUCUCUCCCAAAUUGCAAAAAAGUGUAUUAUUGCUCGUAUACACGUUCAAAUUUACCGCUCCCCAUCAUAGCAUUGUGAGUUCUGUAAUUCACAAUGCCGAUUCCGGCGACCCAAAUCGCAGGAUUAGCGAAUGGGGUAAAUGGAUCUAUGAAAGUUAAAUCAUCCAAUAAUUUGAAGAAAUUGUUUACUAAGGCAUUCCGUUCCGCCGGUGUUAAGUCCAUAUUCAAAUCCAAGGCUAAACGUAAGCCUCCUGCUGAAGUUGUUCGUCGGGUGAGAUUCUUGUUAGAGGCUGUGGAUUCUCUUGACGACGAUGUUGAUCCCAAUCAUUUUGACAAGAUGCAAGAACUGGAUUCUCUUUUACAUGAGCUGAAAUCAAUACUGUACGGGAGUAAUGAAUGUGAACCUGCUGUUGAAGCAUGCUUGCAAUUGACUCAGGAGUUUUUUCGAGAUAAUACAUUUCGUCUCAUCAUUAUUUGUCUUCCUAAAUUUAACUUGGAGGCUCGUAAAGAUGUCACACGAAUUGUGGCCAAUCUACAAAGGCAACCAGUUAAUUCACGCUUGAUUGCAUCUGAUUAUUUGGAAGCCAACUCGGACCUUAUGGAUCAUUUGUUAUCCGGAUAUGAUGAUCCAGGUCUUGCUUUGCAUUACGGAGCAAUGUUGAGGGAGUGUAUUCGCCAUCAGGUUGUUGCAAGAUAUGUGUUGAACUCCGAGCACAUGAAAAAGUUUUUCAAUCACAUGCAAAUUCCAGAAUUUGAUGUUGCUGCAGAUGCUACAGCGACCUUUAAGGAGCUUAUGACCAGGCAUAAAUCGACAGUUGCUGAAUUUCUCUUUGAAAAUUAUGAUUGGUUCUUCGUUGAAUUUAAUGCGAAGCUUUUGGAAUCAGCAAACUAUAUUACCAGAAGACAAGCUAUCAAGCUUUUGGGAGAUAUUUUGCUUGAUCGCUCCAAUUCUGCUGUGAUGACACGCUAUGUCAGCUCGAAAGAUAAUUUAAGGAUUUUGAUGAAUCUUUUGAGGGAGGCUAGCAAGAACAUUCAGCUAGAUGCAUUUCACGUGUUUAAGCUUUUCGUGGCCAAUAGAAACAAACCUUCUGACAUUGUCAACAUAAUCGUUGCCAAUAGAAGCAAGCUUCUUCGCUUCUUCGCAAGCUUCAGGAUAGAUAAAGAAGAUGAACAAUUCGAGGCUGAUAAAGCUCAAGUUGUUAAAGAAAUUGCAGAACUUGAAGCUAAAGGACCUCUUUUUUCAGGGGAACUGCAUAAAUUUCCCGGUACACCUACUGCUUCAGGAGAACUGUACAAGUUAUCAUCAACCCCUCUCUCUAGACAACUAAUAUAACUACGUAGACCAACUACUUGCUCUGGAGAAUCACAAAACCUUUAGUAUACGAGUCAUUGUUUUAUGAAUUAUACUAAAAGAAACUUCUUCUUUUGUUUAACCUUUCGAGUCUGUUGAUCAAAGAAUACUAAUUGCAGUGGAGUAUGCCAUCUUUGCUCUGGUUAUUUGAAAGAGCAUCGUGAAGGAACAAGUUAUACGCGAUGUAAAAUGAACAUUUGUGAAUUUUCUUUGUCUUAACAGCUAUAUGUAUAUACAUAUAUAACUUAUUUCCCAUAUAUAAAUUGCGGAUUUGCAGUAGC